UUCACCUGUAGCAACCAAACACGUGAUUAAACACCAUGACAGCUGUCCUCAACCUGCCCCACCUGGUUACAGCAGGAACAGAAUUGGCUCAGAUGUCGUCGGUAUUCUGUCACCAGGAGCGCAGAGUUUAAACAGCUGGAGUCAUUUACAGAUGUGAACAGCAGCAAAUCUUUAUAAUCGGGCAUCACUCAGCACAAACUGGUAAAAGAUGCUGCUGUGUCUCCUGCAGCCUCCAGAGAAAUAAUGUCAGACAUUAAUAUGAAAGAUUCUCUUGUUUGUUUCUGUCUGAAGAAAACGACAAAGAUGAUUAAACUGAGACUCACAGAGACCUGCAGAGUCUUUAUUAAGACACGAACAUGUCCUCUGUUUACUGCGGCCACUCUGCUGCAACCUCAUGUGUCCGACACUCUACUGCAACCUCAUGUGUCCGACACUCUACUGCAACCUCAUGUGUCCGACACUCUGCUGCAACCUCAUGUGUCCGACACUCUACUGCAACCUCAUGUGUCCGACACUCUACUGCUACUUCAUGUGUCCGACACUCUACUGCAACCUCAUGUGUCCGACACUCUACUGCAACCUCAUGUGUCCGACACUCUACUGCAACCUCAUGUGUCCGACACACUACUGCAACCUCAUGUGUCCAACACUCUGCUGCAACCUCAUGUGUCCGACACUCUACUGCAACCUCAUGUGUCCAACACUCUACUGCAACCUCAUGUGUCCGACACACUGCUGCAACCUCAUGUGUCCGACACUCUACUGCAACCUCAUGUGUCCGACACUCUGCUGCAACCUCAUGUGUCCGACACUCUACUGCAACCUCAUGUGUCCGACACUCUACUGCAACCUCAUGUGUCCGACACUCUACUGCAACCUCAUGUGUCCGACACACUGCUGCAACCUCAUGUGUCCAACACACUGCUGCAACCUCAUGUGUCCGACACUCUACUGCAACCUCAUGUGUCCGACACUCUGCUGCUACUUCAUGUGUCCGACACACUGCUGCAACCUCAUGUGUCCGACACACUGCUGCAACCUCAUGUGUCCGACACUCUGCUGCUACUUCAUGUGUCCGACACUCUACUGCAACCUCAUGUGUCCGACACACUGCUGCAACCUCAUGUGUCCAACACUCUGCUGCAACCUCAUGUGUCCGACACUCUGCUGCAACCUCAUGUGUCCGACACACUGCUGCAACCUCAUGUGUCCGACACUCUGCUGCAACCUCAUGUGUCCGACACUCUACUGCAACCUCAUGUGUCCGACACUCUGCUGCAACCUCAUGUGUCCGACACACUGCUGCAACCUCAUGUGUCCGACACACUGCUGCAACCUCAUCCCUUCAACACUCUGCUGCAACCUCAUUCAGUUGUCUCCUGUGUCCUUUAUGCUUUACUAACAAUAGUCCAAUGAGGAGAGACACGGCGGAGCGGAGGAGAGACACCGCGG